AUGCUGUCGGCUUGGGAGAAACUGGCUCACUUUCUAGAACGUCGUAGGUACCUGCCGCCCAUCCUGCCGCCCAUCCUGCCGUUAAUUCUGCCACCCAUCCUGCCGCCCAUUCUGCCACCCAUCCUGAUACCCAUCCUGCCGCCCAUCCUGCCGCCCAUUCUGCCACCCAUCCUGCCGCCCAUCCUGCCGCCCAUUCUGCCACCCAUCCUGCCGCCCAUCCUACCGCCCAUCCUGCCGCCCAUCCUGCCGCCCAUCCUGCCGCCCAUCCUGCCGCCCAUCCUGCCGCCCAUCCUGCCGCCCAUCCUGCCGCCCAUCCUGCCGCCCAUCCUGCCGCACAUUCUGCCGCCCAUCCUGCCACCCAUCCUGCCGCCCAUCCUGCCGCCCAUCCUGCCGCCCAUCCUGCCGCCCAUUCUGCCGCCCAUCCUGCCACCCAUCCUGCCGCCCAUACUGCCGCCCAUACUGCCGCCCAUCCUGCCACCUAUACUGCCGCCCAUCCUGCCACCUAUACUGCCGCCCAUCCUGCCAUCCAUCCUACCACCCAUCCUACCACCAAUCCUGCCACCCAUUCUACCACCCAUCCUGCCACCCAUCCUGCCGCCCAUCCUGCCGCCCAUCCUGCCACCCAUCCUGCCGCCCUUCCUGCCACCCAUCCUGCCGCCCAUCCUGCCACCCAUCCUGCCGCCCAUCCUGCCGCCCAUCCUGCCACCCAUCCUGCCGCCCAUCCUGCCACCCAUCCUGCCGCCCAUCCUGCCACCCAUCCUGCCACCCAUCCUGCCGCCCAUCCUGCCACCCAUCCUGCCGCCCAUCCUGCCACCCAUCCUGCCACCCAUCCUGCCGCCCAUCCUGCCGCCCAUCCUGCCACCCAUCCUGCCGCCCAUCCUGCCACCCAUCCUGCCGCCCAUCCUGCCACCCAUCCUGCCGCCCAUCCUGCCACCCAUCCUGCCGCCCUUCCUGCCACCCAUCCUGCCACCCAUCCUGCCGCCCAUCCUGCCACCCAUCCUGCCACCCAUCCUGCCGCCCAUCCUGCCACCCAUCCUGCCACCCAUCCUGCCGCCCAUCCUGCCACCCAUCCUGCCACCCAUCCUGCCACCCAUCCUGCCGCCCAUCCUGCCACCCAUCCUGCCGCCCAUCCUGCCACCCAUCCUGCCACCCAUCCUGCCACCCAUCCUGCCGCCCAUCCUGCCACCCAUCCUGCCACCCAUCCUGCCACCCAUCCUGCCGCCCAUCCUGCCACCCAUCCUGCCGCCCAUCCUGCCACCCAUCCUGCCGCCCAUCCUGCCACCCAUCCUGCCACCCAUCCUGCCGCCCAUCCUGCCACCCAUCCUGCCGCCCUUCCUGCCACCCAUCCUGCCACCCAUCCUGCCGCCCAUCCUGCCACCCAUCCUGCCACCCAUCCUGCCACCCAUCCUGCCACCCAUCCUGCCUCGUCUUGUGGGUAUUCAUGUAUGGUCAAUUAUGAGAAUACUUUAG